AUGAACACCAUGGCGUCUCUAAGUCCCUCCGGAAAGCCUCAAUCGCAAACACAAGUGACCUCGUCCCAGCUGAAGCGAACAACCUGCAACUUAUGCCGUGAGCGCAAGGUGCGCUGCGACCGGGAAAAGCCGCAGUGCCAUCGCUGUCGAAAAUCGGGCCAGACGUGCGUCUAUCCCUCGGACAAGACAGACAACGACGAGAUCAAGUCGGCGUUGAAUCUGCUUCACUCCCGUCUGCUGCAAGCGGAAACUAGGCUCCAGGAACAAGGCCUACAAUUCACGACCCAGUCUAUGAAGCCGAACUCUACCUUAUCCCCAAGCUAUAUAUCGCAGAAUUCCCAGUUUGCAUAUGACCUACUGUCACAAGGCGAUGACAUGGACUACUCAAGUGUGGCAUUCUCGGAGUUUGACCCGAGCAACUACCAUCAGCCACCCGCUAUGAUCGAUAUUAUGAACAGCUCUGGCACAGAUGGGACUCCUUCGGAUCUAGAUUUGAACAUAGCCAACCUAAACGACAAUCCCCCGGGCCCCACAUUCAACCCACUGUUCGAGCAACCCACUCCCUUCAGCGGACUGGAGCAGCAAUACCAGCCGUACUUCGAUCUAGUGCAAAAACACAUGAUGCUAAUAGACCAGCAGGAAUUUUUGCAAUCCGUCGUCCCAAUGGAGACGCACCAAUGCAUGGCUCUAAAAUAUGCCAUAGCUCUAUCUGGAUCCACUGCGUGUGGAGAAUCAGCCCUCGCAAUGGAGUCGUACAUAGCAGCCCGGUUCCAUCUGGAAAGAGCCGAGAAUCUGGCGGAGAACUCUUCUUUCUUGAACGUUGAGACGGUUCAGGCUUUGCUUCUUGUUGCGAGGUUUGAAUUCACUCAUAUCAGCGGACCGAAAGGGCUUCUAACCAUAGCGCGUGCUAUGCAGUUGCUAAGCUUGCUGGGAUAUGAUGUACUCGAUCAGACCUCAGCAGAAGGCGAAAAAGGUAGCCCUCAGAUGAUGCUACCAACAACACAUAGCCCGGGACGUAUUCAGUUGAUACGGCGGACGUUCUGGAUUGCAUUUGCGAUGCAUUGCAAUGCGGCUGCAAUUUUUCCGUGCUGUAUACCAGUCAAAGACAGUGAGAUCGGCACCGCAAUUCCAGUUCCCAAUCCAACAAUAGACUCCAAUCCAAACCAGCACGUCUAUCUUUCCGAUGGAAUUACGAAAACCAUGACGAAAGGAAUUUCCGUCUUUUCCCUUUUUAUCUUCGCCAUGAAACUUGUCGUUGAGGAAGACCGCCACCGCCAAUCGACCAAGAAAUACGUAAGGGAUGACGCAUCUGACUAUAAUUUUUGCCUUAUCCACGAGAACAUCGGGAGAGAUAUUACGAUCAUGUCAAAGUCCCUCUCGGAACAGGAGUUUCUUGAUGGGCCAGACGACGACCUUCGUGUGCUCACUUGUAUCAUCGUCCUAGGCGCCCGAAUAGACUGGCUCAAGACGGCAAUUAUUGGAUCUCAGAAAGCCGCGUUUUUGGGUCCUAUUGCUAAGGAAUAUCGCACUUCGUGUGUCGCGGUGACGAAUGCUAUGUGUGACUUGCUUCUUCAAGCCAAUGUCACUGAUGCGAAACAACAGGCUAUUUCAACCAAAAAGCCGUUCACUGACAUGUGUUCUACUCCCUGGAAGAUCCCCACGACCAAGGAAAUGUCGCUCUUCAUAAUGCGGCCGCUAUCCUUAGCCGCUGAAAUUCAACUCGACGUCCUUCAAAACCCGCAAGACGUGAGCUAUAACGCAUUCUCAUCGACGCGCGAAAUACGACAGAACCUCGAACUGUUGUGUAAUGUUAUGGUGGUGUGUAAGCCUGCGACUGGGGAGUAUGACCCUAGGAUUCAAGCAUGCGCAGCAUUUCUGGAGAAAACAAAGUUUGAGAGGGUUUUUAUUCGGGGCUGCUAG